GCUCGUCUUCGGGACCCUGUAUCCUGCAUACUAUUCCUACAAAGCAGUGAAAACCAAAAAUGUCAAGGAAUAUGUCCGUUGGAUGAUGUACUGGAUUGUGUUUGCUCUCUACACCGUAGUGGAGACCAUCACAGACCUCACUGUAGCCUGGUUCCCCUUGUACUAUGAGAUUAAGAUAGCAUUUGUUAUCUGGUUGCUGUCUCCCUACACCAGAGGAGCUAGUCUCAUCUACCGGAAGUGUCUCCAUCCUCUACUGUCCUCAAGAGAGAGGGAGAUAGAUGAGUACAUUGUCCAGGCCAAGGAGCGUAGCUACGAGACCAUGGUGACCUUCGGCAAGCAGGGCCUAAGUAUAGCUGCUACUGCAGCUGUCUCCGCAGCUGUCAAGGGCCAGGGGGCGAUCACAGAGAAGCUGAGGAGCUUCAGUAUGCACGACCUGACUCAGAUACCCCUCGACGACGCAGCAGCCAAUCAGAUCUAUACAGCCCAUGCCGGCAACCCUGCCGUGAGCAGGAGGGCGCUCGCCGCAAACUCGACCGACAGGACAGAGUACUAUGCCUAUGAUCAGGAGGACAGGACAGACGAGGAGGGGGAACAACUCUUCUCAGAGGACGAGGCUGUCACCCAGAGAGGUCUGAGGAGGUCCCAGAGUGUCAAGAUCGUGCGCUCUAAAGCCCGCAAAGAUGCCCGUUAUGGAUCUCUGAAGAUCAAAGGGAAGCGGAGGCCGGUUCUGGGUGCUGCUACCUACAGUGCCAUGUAAUGACCGGCCCAGGUGACUGCUGGCUGGUGCCAUGGAUGGGUUUCCUUCUGUAGUGCUCUACUGUUGAGCCCUGGCCAACAGUACUGCAUUAUGGGCCCUGGCCAACAGUAGUGCACGAGAAUGGGAAUAGGCUUUUUGGGACGGACCAGGAAAUCAGUCAACAAUUCAGGAAGGACUCAGGAAGGACGGCUCCACCAUCCAUAUCAGUGACUACUGACGGCUCCACCAUCCAUAUCAGUGACUACUGACGGCUCCACCAUCCAUAUCAGUGACUACUGACGUGUCAGACCAUCCAUAUCAGUGACUACUGACGUGUCAGACCAUCCAUAUCAGUGACUACUGACGUGUCAGACCAUCCAUAUCAGUGACUACUGACGUGUCAGACCAUCCAUUCUAUGGAGUACGAUGCUGUGGAACUGUUCUGCUGGUGUUUUUUUAACUGUCCUGGGGUCUAAUUCUAUUCACGCUGGGAGCAUCUGUCUUUUUUUAAAUGAACCAUCAACUCACUAUAUUUAUGACAUGAUUCUGACUGUGUGUAUUUAAACCAUCGUACAGCGGCAGCUGUAAGGAAAGAAUCUUAAGGUUUCCUGUCUUUUAGUUGUGUGUUUUUGUUGCAUGGAUCUUAUUUUCUGGGUCGUUUUAAUGUGCGGAUGUGGACUUUUUAGGAUCUUGGCUUUUUUUUUCGGAGGGGGGUUAUAUAAUUAUUUUAGCUUCAUUUUGUCAUAUAUGCUGCCUUGUAUUUUGAGUUUAGCCUAUUAAAUAGUAGAAUACA